UAAAUUAAAUAGGAACAACAAAUAAUGUUUUGUAUUCCAUAUGAUUUGGUAUCACAUUUAAAGACGAUGUUGAUUGGUUUCAUCCUAGACACAGUCUAGAGUGAAAUUAAUUCUUUCUUUUGUAUUAUUUUUGCUAAAACAAACGUGUGGCACUGAGUAUUUUUAUAAAUAUUUUUAAAUUCCUACGCCUAUUGUGGCAGAAUAUGUUUGGUAACACUUAGGUAGGGCAAACUUAAUCUACCGCCAUUAUAUUUCAAAUAACUAAACUAUUCUAACUAAUGAGCCAAAUCGAGAGUCGUUACUUCACUAACAUUGGUUCUCCUUGCAUCACCUGAGUCUACAGCAUUCAAAGUAAUCGUAGGAUGUAUACAUAUUAUACGUGGACGAAGGGCCUCUUGCGGCAACCGAGAGAAUAACAAACGCUUACUUAGUCAGGUAACCCGCCCACGUUCCACCGACUGUCAGCGACGUGGAUUAAACAGGUUGUGAAUUUAUGCCCAAGAGCCAGUGAUUAGGGUCACUGGUGGACCAGUAAAUCGUUUUUAUGGAGUUGUAAUGCAAUAGUCGGGCCUAAUUAACAAGAUCUAAUGCAUGGCGCAGUUGGAUUAGAACGCAUUGCUUGGAGCAAAGUUUUAAAGUCAAUAUCUGUUCGUGUCAAUAUGUAGGUACUUACGGUUAUUAAUGACGACAAAAAUAAAUUGCCUUAAAUCAUAUCAAUGAAACUGAAGAACAGCAAGUAUUGUAGUUAUGUUACCAGAUAAUAAAAAAAAUGUAUUCCAGGUGUUAGCAACCCUAAGCUAGAUGUGUGUUAGGCCUCUCUUCUUGCUAAUAACUCGACAAAAACGCUCUGCAUCGAAAGUUCUCGUUCAAUUCAACGCGGUGCGGUUUUCAAUCGAUUCGACUCGCUAAUUUUGAAUAUCUCGUUGCGUUCACCGUGCUUGUCGUAUUAUACUUUAUUUUCAAUAAAAUCUGCAUUCUCUUCGCAAUGCUUUACAUUUUAUAUUAUUUUUUUAUUAUUCUUCAUCUUUUCAUGUAAACAAUUAACAGCUUCAUGAAAUAUUCUUUAUCAAAAUACUAGCUUGAACCAUUUAUUUACAAAUAAGUUAUUUUUCAUCAAUUGGGCGUAUUUAAUAUGAAUUGUAUUAUUGAUUUAAAUAUUCAGAAUCCUAACUAAUACCUAUUAUAAAUGUAAAAGUUUGUAUAUUGGUUUGUACACCUCUUCCUGUGUUAUCUACUCAACUCUAUCAUCUUGAAAUUUCGCAAACACAUAUUAGGUAGGAGUACAGAGAACACGUAGAGAAUCCGGGUACCUUUCAUCGCAGAAAAGUACCUACUGUCCCCAUGAGAAAACUCGCAUAUAAUAUUUGGUAGAUAGCGUAGGUACAUUUACAUUCGAUCUGAUUCGGUGAUCAAACGAGAAGAAUUUAAUAAUGUCCGUCCAUGGUAUUGCGCCCGCAACCUUCGCAUUGGCAUAUCAUGUUCGCAUUCAGCCAUUGAACAAGCCUCAAACACCGCGACGUGCUCGCACAUAUCUUAUGCUUUUUACGGAUUUAUCUGACGCAUUCGAAUAUUCAGACAAAUGCAUUCUUCAUGCACUUUUAUGCGACAGUAAUUAACAGGCAAAUAAUUGGCCGAAAUUGGGUCGACCGACAUUGCUGGUUUUUCCUUGCUAUACAUGUAAACUAUGCAAUCUUUCAGUCGCGUCGGCAUUUGUGUUCUCUGAUAGUAUGUGCAGGAGCCAUUAUGUAUAACUUGUUUAUAUAGUCUAGUUGGAAACAUAAUUUUAGUUUCAGUACAGUUGUUGGAAACAUAAUUUAAGUAUCAGACUUAAAUAAAUUUAAUUUCUUUUAACUUGGCACAGUUUUAUAUAUGAAUCCAGUUCUCACAAUGUAGCUCAAGAAACUUACCAACUGAUUUCUGUGGGUACUAAAAUACGCAUGCCCAUAAAUGUAUUUCGCCUUGCGUUUAGAACAACAUACUAUUCCGCCCGGUUCCCGCACAGUCAUUGUGUCGCCUGGCGGCGGCGUAGCGCGGCGCCUCGCUCCUUUAGUAGCUAGUCCUGCGGUUUGCCGCUAGGGGCGCCACAGAAAGUCGCAAAAUGGCUGCCAACACAAGCACCGCGUCAACGCUGCCCAGUGAAAAUAUCCAUAUCAAAACUAAAAAUGAACAAACAGAGUGUCCGAACAGUGAUUUAAAAGAGAAAUAUUUUCAACAAUUGAUGGAGUUCUAUAAUUCUCAAAUGACGUCGUUAAGAAAACCGUGGACUAAAAGUCGCAUACUGGAGGUUAUACAGAUACUCAAAUCAGACCAGGCGGUCAUUGAGUCGGGUAACCGGCGAAACGCCUCACAAUAUUAUUGGUCUACCAAAUAUGAGGUUGCUACCUUUGAGGGCGAGGAAUGUUUAAUAAUGAAAAGAAAUAACGCCCAAGAACCGUCAAUUCAAGUUGUGCCAGUAGAACAAUACUAUGAUUUAUUAUCUGAGUUGCAUAUUGAAUUCGAUCAUAUCAGUCGAGAUAGAAUGACCGAUAUAUUAAAAAACAAAUAUUAUAUCCCAAAAAAAGCUGUUGAAAUAUUAAUAGCUUUAUGCCCAACUUGUGAUAUGAAACGACAACGAAAGAAACAUGUUUCUAAAAUUAACUUGAAGAAUAAUGUGAAUUUGAAGAAUAGUGCGCGUGUUGAUCUCAUUGAUUUCCAAUCUCUGCCAGAAGGAGACUUCAAAUGGGUGUUAAAAUAUCAAGACUGUUCUACAAAGUUUUUACAGCUGCGUCCUGUACGCACGGAUCAAGCCUCUGAAAUUGCUGUUGAAUUAGUAAAAAUAUUUCUAACCUUCGGUCCACCAAACAUUUUAGUAAGUAACAGUGGCGAUAUUCUAGAAGAAAUAGAAAAAAUAUGGCCUGAUUGCAACAUUUAUCAUGGAUUUCCCUCGUCACCAAGUCAAUGCCAAAGUACUCGUAGUUUAGAGCUUGACGGUAAAUAUGUAGCUGAUAUGCUUCACUCGUGGAUGCAAGAAAAUGGUUCGUCUAGCUGGUCUCUCGGUUGUCAUUUUGUUCAAUACCGAAUAAACACAUCAAUAAGUCAGCCAAGGGACGACGAGUCCCCGUAUCGCGCAUUUUUUGGGCGCGAUCCGCACUCCAACACGAAUCCUGUCAACCCGCUUAAACAGGAAGAGGAUGGAGUACAAAAACGAGAACUAAUUGACACACAAGACGAUCCAAUCCCGAAGAAGAAACCGUUCAAUGUGGGUGAUAUAGUUCAUGUAGCUGUUCCAAGAAUAGACCGUGGACCAUUAAAAACAAAAUUUAUUGUUGCAAAAAUAACAGAUUUCAAUAACGGCGUGUAUCAAGUUGGUACUAAAUCGGGAAUAAUCAAGGGUUGGUUUCCACGGAAUGAACUUGUGAAGACGACGAAAGUAUUCAAUGAAGUUGUGCCUAAAGAUUUGGUGACGUUAAAGGAAGCCGUCAGCAAGCAAACGCUAUUUGCCUAUCAGGAGCCGGACAGCUGCGAUUGCAAGCCGGCUAAAAAUCAGUGUCGACACCAAAAAUGCUUCUGUUUUAAUAAAAAGGUGUUCUGUGGACCUAAAUGUCAUUCCAAUUUAGUUUGUGCAAAUAAAAUAUAAGAUAUUCCGUUUUUGUUUAGAUUUUGGAUAAUUGCUAAAAUCAAUAAAACAAAGAAGUUUUGUA